GCGGCAGCACCAUGGAGAGCGGCCGCGCGCUGGCGCUCUGCGCCCUGGCGGCCGCGCUGCUGCUGGGCGCCCGCGGGCAGCGGCCGGGGCCGGGAACGGGACCGGGACCGGGGCAGGGACAGGGACCGGGGCAGGGACCGGCCCCGCCGCGCCGCGCCCGCGACCUGGGGCCCCCCGGAGGCGGCGGCGGCGCCUCCCGAGAGAAGGAGCUGAUCGAGGCGCUGCAGGAGGUGCUGGAGAAGCUGAAGAGCAAGCGGGUCCCGCACUACGAGAAGAAGUUCGGGCAGGUGCCCAUGUGUGACGCCGGGGAGCAGUGCGCCGUGAGGAAGGGGGCCCGCAUCGGGAAGCUCUGCGACUGCCCCCGGGGGACUUCGUGCAAUUCCUUCCUCCUCAAGUGCCUGUGAGCGCGGCCGCCCCGGGACAAGCCGCCGGGAACGCAGGCACCGACGCCCCCCCCCCCGCCCCGACGUGCCAGCCCGGAGCGGCGCCGGCGACUUCCCGCGGCUCGCCCGCCCCAGAAACGCAGCGAGAAGCCCCCACGUCGUCCAUGUAACGCCGUCCGUGACACCCGACACCCGUGGAGUUGUUUUCUUUUCCUCCUUCCUCCGGCCCCUUCCCCUCCCUGCGCCCCCCGGCUCCUUCCCGAGGCGGGGAACAUCCACCCGCUGCCGGUCGGAGGGGCCGUGGUCAGGGGAUCCCCUGGGUGGUGGUGGUGGUGGGGGGACAGACGACGGACACGCGGAUGUGUUCAAAGCACCGUGAACCCCUUUUUCUUGCCCCCCCCCCAGCUGAGAGGGCCCAACUCGGCGCACCGCGGGGGGAGCGGCGCACAGCCCGCGGCGGGGCUUCACCCGAACCACCAGUUUCAGGCCGAGUCCAGCCACGCUUGCCCUGGGCUGGAGAAAGUCCCGCAUGAGAUACCAGUGGCGUUCAGGGGUCCGGCACUAGCCUGGCUGGGGUGGGGCUGGGGGGAAAUCUGUUGCUUUACCGGAGUCACCACGGAGAGAAAUCUCUCCGGAUCCAUUGCAAACUACCAGGGGAUAUGCUAGUCAUCUAGACCAAAUUGUUUCACGUUUCUACAAUGAACUGAUGUAUAUAAAUAUGUCUGUCCUCCACAGGCACACUGUGUGUUUCAGCAAACCCGUAACGUGUUUUAAUCCUUUGUUUGUCUCUGUUAAUAAAGUCACUGUUCUGAUGA